UGCCAGCCCAUACGUCUUGAUAACUCCAAAUGAAACCAGAAGAAAACAGUUGCAGCAAAUUGCUAAGAAGGAGCUAGAUGACCUGCAGCAGUGGAAGGAGAAGCAGAGAGCACAGCCAAUUAAACUGGUUCCACAGAGACUGGGUGGGAAGGAAUCAGAGGCUGAAGCAAGGCAAAACCAGCAAAUGAUGCUCCUGCAGUCUAAAUACCAGCAAAAGCACAAGAGAGAAGAAUAUGUAAAAGCAAAAAGGGCAGCUGAAGAAGCUGAACUCCAGAAAAAGAAAGCAAUUCAGAGAGAAAAGGCAGAAAGACUUGAAGCUAAAAAACGACAAGAAGAAAUGCAAAGAAGAGAGAUGUUCCUGGAAGAUCACCAUUACAAAACCACUGAAUUAUUGAACAGAUUGGACUCUGCUUUGCCAAAGAGUGAUUCCCGUCAGAUUGCGAAUCGUGGUCCAGAGUGUACAGCAUGGACAAGAAGCCAUGCUUACAGGCAAGCUCUUCAGGAGGAUGAAAACAGAAGGUUAGAGGAAAUGAAGCAAGAGCAACGGAGGAAGGCUGAAUUACUGGAAUUUAAACAAAAGCAGGAAGAGGAAGCCAGGACAAGAGCACUUCAAAAUGAACAGAGGAGGGUAAAUGAUGCCUUCCUGGACCGACUCCAGAACAAAACCCAGCCUAAGAGCAUCCACCAGCCUGGAUAUUCUGGGAGUCUGGGCGACAUCAGUGAUGGUGCCUCA